AUGUCUGCACCGUCUGUUCUCGAAUAUGCCCGCUUCCACGGCCUAGCUGUCGACCACACCUCCGAAGAUCUCCUAGAAAACCUCUCCCCACUACCACUACGAGCUAUUGAGGAUGGCCAACUGCUGCCAGACCCAAAUUUCUCGGUAUUCGCUGACAAUGUCGCAGAGCCAAAGUUGCAGCUCACCCGCUGGGAGGGUUCCAUGCUAGCUGAGAGCAUCCGAAACCAUGACUCUGUCGUGAACUGGAGCAACUUCCUGCCAGAACGGCACCGUGUUCGAAAUCUAAAGGUUGAAGAGCCGUUGCUAGCAGGGGACCACGAGUCCGAUGUUCGCCGUUUCAGGCGUGAAGCAUCGAGCCACGUGGACACUGAACAUUUGUUCGAGACUUGCUCUUUGAUCAGCUCAGCGUCAGAACAGGACUUUGAAGAUGAAUGGAACGACAUCCAGUCCGGUCAUGCUCUGAGAGAGGUCGAACAAGAGCUGGAAGAUGAGAGAUGCAAUACUACGAAAGAGGCGCUGCUGCAUUUGUCUGCUUCGCUGAAGGAUCCUUUAAGCGCGGACACAAAGGCCACAAUACUCCAUAGCCUUGUCCCCGCCAUCCCAAGAGCGAGAUCUCUGACACCAUUGUUGAUGCCAGAGUCGCCAGUGCCACAAGCCCCGUCCUCCCCCGACCUCGACUUCUCUCUACGGUCUGAAGAAGAUAUUGAACGUGACAGUCUUCUGCUUCAGCUUGAGAGGGAAAUGCAAGAGAAAGACCAAAUACCCUCCGAAGGAAUGAACAAAGCGAGCCCAACGAUAGCCAAACAGGUACUCGAAGAGAUUCAGGACGCAACUCAGUUCAAGGUCGAAGACGAUCUCCGAAUGGAAGCAGUCUGUGCAUCACUCGAUGAGCGUCGGCAAGCGAGAAAGGACCUCGAAAAUCUACAGCUUGAUGUAUCGAUGAUCUUGUCCACUUCGGCAUCUGAAAAUUCGAGCGAACAGGGAGUCGAAUUGCCAGCUCCCGUGGUGCCUAUACCAGCUUCUCGAGCUCCAUUCUCUACAGUCACUGCACCAAACAGCCACGGCAUCGAAAUUCAACCGAAUCCAAUGACGACAGAAUGCGCGGUCAGCAGCAGAAAGCCAGCCCCUCUUGAAAUGGUAUUGUCUUCCGAAACAAGAAGUUCUGAAACUGAUGCGUUUCAGGCGAUAGAGGAUGGUCUAGAUGAUGAAUUGAUCAAGUUCUGUGACAAAGCGGAGAAAGAUAUAAAUGCCCGCUUGAAAGGUGACAAAAUCAGCAAACCAGAGGAGUGCUUGAAACAACCAGUGCCUCCACUGGAUCCAUUUUUUACUAGAUCUCCUUGUGACAGUCAAGAUGCCGAGCCACUCAUGCGCAAACUUGCUGAGAUGUGCUUGGUCAUCCCAAAUACGGGGCAUCUGCAGGGUGACAUGAAACUCAAUUGGUCUCCCUUUCCGCCCCGAUUCACCAAGCUGGAUCUUGUCGACAACAUUGGAGACGAUAGCAACAUUAGCAGGCUUGUGAGGGCCCCACAAGGAGUAAUCAGGAGUGAGCAAUUGCUUUGGAAAUCGCCUGGUGUGCGCAUCCUCGAUACGAACGAUGAGAGCGAUGGUGAAAUCGAACAGGACCUCGACUUACACGAGGACAUGUCCAAACCGGUCGAGCCUAUCGUUCCAGCCAAGAGACUCAAUGAUGGGUCAGACUCAAGUCGCGAGUCGUCUACCAAGAGUGCUUACACGUUGUUCAACCGUGAAGUCCAGAACACGGUGGCCAAAAAGACCAGCCGUGCCUUGAACGGCUUUUCAACUUCCAAUGCGCUGGAGGCAUUCCUUGACCUACGAGGCGGAAAGUUCAAGAAAGCAGCACCACCACAACCACCUUCUGUGAAUGAACUCGCAGACGAUCCCAUCCAGGCGACCCAGUUCGAAGAAGAGGAUCAGGUCACCUUGGCGCACGGUUUGACUUUGAAGCCAUCAGAAGCGCUGGCCGAGUUGAACCCAUACACCAUCCAGGUACCGUCAACACCAAUCGGAGUUGCAGCCACAGGUGGCAACGACGACCUGUGCCCUCUCAUGGACCCGAAGUGGCCUAAGACAAUCUUGGUCGAAACUGCCAUUCUCGGGAGUUAUCGAUCGCUUGUCAAUUUUCUAGAAACAAAUGGAGGCAACCGACUUAACAUCAUAUACCGAGAAAUGACCAAAUCUGACCGCAGUGCACCUCAUUCCGCGUCUCCUGACAUCAUUUUGAACCCCCAGACAGCUCUCAUGUUCACGAAUUUGCAGGCCCUGCACCAGAAAAACCUGCCUGGACAAGGGAUGCAAGAGGGUCAAGGUAUGGUUCAGAGCAGAGUCCUGAGGCUCGCGCAAAAUUAUACACAACUCUUCAUUUUAGUUACCAUGACAGGCCUCGGGAAUAGCUUACUGCAGUCACAAAUCGACACAUUGACCACUUUCUCAGGGUUUUGUGCAAAUAUUUCCGGUCGUCACGGCCUCAACGUGCACCCGCUUUGGGUCUCGUCCAGGUAUGGACCUCACUCAGUUGAGACGGCUCUUAAUAGGUUGACCUGGAACUUGGCUUGUUGCCAUGGAUUUCCGGAUACCGACCCUUCUCAGUCCCUGCGUGCGCAGAAAGACACAGCUAACUUCAUCAACGAAGAGACUCUCUGGGAGCAAUUUUGA